AAGUCAACACACAUAUAUAUAUCUAUGUACAUGUGGGAGUAUAACUGAGCAAGAAUAACUAUGGAGUGGGAGUGGCUGUUGGAGUUCUUGAAGGGGAUGGUGAAGCCGGCGGCAGCCACCGCGAUUUUGUUGCUGGCGGCGGCGCUGUCAUAUUUUCAGAAGCUGAAACUAGAGGGGGAGAUGAUUUACGCCAUUGUUAGAGCUUUCAUUCAGCUCUCCAUUAUUGGGUUUGUGCUUCAAUUCAUUUUCAACCGAAGCAAUGGCUGGUGGAUCAUUCUUGCUUAUCUCUUCAUGGUCUCCGUCGCCGGGUACACCGCCGGCCAGCGAGCUAAACACGUCCCCCAUGGGAAAUAUAUCGCCGGAGCCUCCAUUUUGGCCGGUACAGCCAUAACCAUGUUUCUACUGGUUUUGCUGAACGUUUUCCCCUUCACUCCACAAUAUAUAAUUCCGGUCGCCGGAAUGAUGGUUGGCAAUGCCAUGACCGUCACCGGAGUUACGAUGAAAAGACUUCGUGACGAUAUUCGAACGCAAAUGAGUCUGGUGGAGACGGCGCUAGCCCUAGGUGCCACACCACGACAAGCGACGCUCGAACAAGUGAAAAGAUCGUUAGUCAUUGCGCUCUCACCGGUUAUCGACAAUACAAAAACCGUGGGGCUCAUAUCGCUUCCCGGAGCGAUGACCGGACUAAUAAUGGGGGGAGCUUCUCCGGUGGAAGCCAUUCAACUCCAAAUAGUGGUGAUGAACAUGCUCAUUGGGGCUUCAACCAUGAGUAGCAUUAUGUCUACCUAUUUUUGUUGGCCUAAUUUCUUCACAAAAGCUUACCAACUAGAAACAAACGUCUUCUCCAUCGAAUAAUUAAGGGUUCGUUUUUCUUAUGGU